UCACCGAUCAAUGGAAAGAGCCAAAGAUGUCAGCUUGGUCAUGUGAUCAGCUGUGUCCAAUCACAGCUGAUCGCAUGGCACUGAUGAUCAGUGUGCCCUGAUGAUCAGUGUAGCCCUAGCAGUGCCACCUAUCAAUGCCAGCUGUCAGUGCUCAUCAAUGCCACCUGCUAGUGCCCAUCAGUGCCUCAUCAAUGCCACAUAUCAGUGCCUACCAGUGCACAUCAAUGUGCCUUUCAGUGUCACCUAUUAGUGCCAGUCAGUGCAACCUAUCAGUACUGCCAAUCAGUGUCGCCUAACAGUGCCAGUCAGUGCUGCCUAUCAGUGCCACCUAUCAGUG